GCACAUUGUUCGAAAAGCAUGCACUGUAAGUCUGCUGUUUUAAAGAAAAAGUAAAUAUCCAUAAAAAAUGUGUUCUUUAUGAUUGAAGGGUGAAUGGAGGCAACACAGCUGAUCGAUGACUCAAUAUUGGAAGAGUCAGAGGAGGAGGAUGGAGAGAUGCGAAAAGAGAAGCGAGGAGAGCCACUGGCCAAACUCAGGGUGUUAAAAAAUGAACACAUCUCAGAGACUGAGUUGCCUCUCUACCAGGGAGAGAAUGUGUUGGGUCGAAACCCAAACUCCUGCUCCCUGCCCCUCGUGGCCCGCUCCGUAUCCAAGCAACACACCGUCAUCUCCAUCUCAAUGUUUCACGGCAACCGUUGUCACGGCAACGUUGCCACCAUGGAGACAGAGGCUUUAGUGUGGGACCUGGGGAGCAUGAAUGGGACAAGGAAGGGCCGGACCAAACUGACCCCUCACGUCCGCUACGCUCUGACCGAGGGAGAGUGUGUGGUAAUAGCUGACAUCCCCUGCCAGUAUGUCUCUGUGGACCAGAGGGGGGGACAGGGGCACAUGCAGAACCCGAUCAACGCACACUCUGGAAGGGGAAGGAGGACAGGGCCAGACAGGAAGGCCCAGUUCAGAGGAAGCCCUAUUGGCCAAGGUCUGGGACGAGAGACUGGCACACCGAAGACUGAGAGACCGACUGAGGGUAGAGGAGUCAAUGGAGAGAUGGGGGCACCAUCGUCGACUGAGCUGGGUGGAAAGGGUCAAACUCGGGCCAUACCCCUGUCGUUGGAACAAACCCCCACACAGCCUGAGAGGACACUGGUGCCUGAAUCUGAGUCUGACUCCGACGGAGAGCGAGAGGGACGGAGAGACAAACGGGGAAAGUACUUUGUCUCUGAUUCUGACUCCCACAUGUCCAGUCCCACCUGUUCUACAUUCCUCAGUCCUACAAACAAAGUCAUUCCAGAGAGUGAGGACGACAGCCCCAUCACUCACUCCUCUGCUAAAAACAGACCCAAGAAAGUAGUGAGCUUCAGUGAGGAGGAGAGCGACAUGGAUGGACCGAGACAGCAUCCCAGGAGAAGAAGAGCACAAGUGAUAGUGGAAGACAGCGAGGAGGAGGGGAAGGAAGGCACAGAGGCACUAGGAGAGAAGGAAACUGGGACAAGGACAAGAGGAAAGGAAGAUGUGUCAGUGGUGAACCAGGUCAGUCAAGUUGAGAGAGAUAGAUUAACCCCCUCUGCACCGAUGGUGUCUACAGAGGUCAAGUUUAACAUGGACAGUGACACAGACGUAGAGGGAGAGGAGGAGAUGGGGCUGUCUGCACCUGUAAACAGUGUUACGCCACCAGACGCAACAGAACCUCCUACUACAGACUCUGACCCAGGCCAGAUCCACAUGGACAGUAAUACUGAUGUCGAGGAAGGAGAUACUAUGGACGGUGACUCUAAGUUAAUGCUAACUGCAGCCGAUGUGGAGAGGAAAUCAGUAGAUUCUGUCCCAGUGGUGCAGCAAACAGAGAUACACCUGGACAGUGAUACAGACGUGGAUGAUGAUGUUGUUGUGUCGGACAGUGCUACCAAUGUUACCUCCUUCGUAUCGGAUCCGGUUGAGAAACCAGACGGUUCUGCCCCUGCAGUGCCGCCCGUAGAAUUCCACCUAGACACUGACACAGAUGUGGAAGAGGAGGACACAGACACACAUUCCAAAACAGUUCCAGAAUCAGAUUCUAGUGGGAUCAGAACAGGGAUUGCUGGUCACCAGGAGAUCCUUUUGGACAGUGAUACUGAUGAAGAAGACAACCCUUUUGCCCCUCCGGCCAGCAGCAGAACAGCGGAGCUCCUUAAUCCACCCACCAGUGUAGGACCUGCAGCUGCUGCUCCUCUGGAGAUCAGGUCUGACAGCGACACAGACUUAGAGGAAGACGCCACACAGACCAUGAACCUUCCUCCUCCUAAUGUCGCCACGGUAACGGAGGACACGGUGUUAGCGUCGCGACAGGCCGUGCUUCCAUCACCCACAACAACGAUAACCGGUGCUGUUACCACGACAAUCGCUCUCAGGUCUCAGGACUCUGAUGCUGACACAGAUGCUGAGGAGGAGAGGUUGGAGCCCAAACCCCCCCGGUGUCGGCCCCCAGCAGGGAUGGUCCCGGAGUCGGACCUCAGUGAGCCCAGUGACUUCAGGAUGGACAGUGAUACGGAGGAGGAUGGACCAGAGGAGGCAGGCCAGGGACAGACUGGAGGUCGGCUCAGAGAGGGGGCAGCUGGCCCCGGGCUGCUCCCCCUGGGGGGUUCCCCUGGCCCUCAUCAGAAGUGCUCCACCCCUUUGGCAUCGUCAGUACAGGAGGAGAUGGAGACUCAGGCCUUCCUCAGUCCCUCUGACCCCUUCAGACACCCAGCUCUCCCUCCUGUGCUGAGGCCUACAUCAGCAUUGUCCUGCUCUGCAUCAGACAGCCAGGAGGACGAUGACUUUGUGGUGGCCGAAACCCAGUCAUUUGUGUUGGAGGCCCAGAACCAGGGCCAUCAGAGCAGCCUUCCAGUGGAACCAACCCUGGAUGCUACACAGCCCUACGGUCUGGAGCCUUCCUUGGGGGAGGACCAGGAGGAGCAGCCCAGCCGAGGCUCCUUCCAGCUGGGUCUGUCAGACAGCAGCCACCUCCACCUCCAGGCCAGGGACCAGGCCUCAGAGAGCACCCAGGCAUUCAACUUCCCAGAUGGGGAUUCUGACCUGGAGGCCACCCAGACCUAUGGAUCUGGAGGGGGAGGCGAGGAGCCUGGCCUGGGCCAGAGGUCUGCGGUGUUCGGGAGGAACAGGCAGGUGGACUUUGUCCUGGAGGCAACACAGGCUUAUGCUGCCCAGCCUUGCAGUGACACAGAGGAGGAAGAUGAAGAGGAGACCCCCACCACGUCUAAUGUUGCUACGACUGAAACCCUGCCCAUGUCUGCCUAUGAGGAAGAGGAGGAAGAUUUGGUUGGGGCCAUGCCCUCAACCCCAGUAAGGAGAGGGAGAUCUGGAGGAGCGAGGGACAGAGAGGAAGAGGAGCAGGAGACCCAGACUGGUGACGUGCUGAUCAACCAAUACCUCUCCACGGCUCAAACUCUGGACAUGGUCCAGGAGAGUGAUGAUGAGGAAGAAGCCAAACCAGACUCACCCAGAGGAAGAGGACAGUCCCAAGAACAGACAGUAGACGAGGAAGAGACACAGACUGUCUGCUCCUACCUCUCCACUGCUGAAACCCAGCCCAUGUUUACUGCUGCUGAGGAUGAUGAUGAUAAUGAGGAGGAAGAACUCAAAUCUCCAUCACCCAGAAGGAGGGCAAGGUCCCAGAGAGGGAGAGUAGAAGAGGAGGAGACACCACCUAGUGAGUUCCUCACCAGCUCCCACAUCUCCACCGCUGAAACUCAGCCUAUGGGUACUUGUGACACUGAGGAAGAGAAGGAGGAAGACACCAAAGAUAAAGGACGGGCUCAGAGAGGGCGAGGGAAAGAGUCGGAGGCUGGGACAAGCGGUGUCAGCAGUAGAGGUAGAAGAGGAGCUAGAGGAGGAGAGGAAGAAGAGGAGGGUGCUGAGCCUCCAAAGACACAGACAAGAGGGAAGGGGAAGGCUGUGAACACCGCAGGAGGCAGAGGGAGGAGAGGGAAGGUGCUGUCUGAGGAGGGAGAGAGUGAGAAAGAAGAAGAGGUGGAGGUGGUUGAGCAAGGGAGAAGACGAAGAAAGAGUGUGAAACAACAGAAAGAGGGAGAAAAAGAAAGACUUGAAGAGGGAAUAGAAAAGGAAAGACAAGAACAAGCUGAGAAGGAACGGUUGCAGAAGGAAAAAGUAGAAUCAGAAAGGGUUAUGAAGGAACAACAGGAGAGAGAAAGGAUGGAGCAGGAACUUAAAGAACAAUAUGAGAGAUUAGAGAGGGAGAGAGUGGAAAGACGAGAAACAGAAAGGAUGGAGAGAGAGGAAAGGGAACAGGAGGAAAGAGAGCAGCUUGAGAGGGAAAGGAAGGAACGAGAAGAGCAAGAAAGACUGGAGCGAGAAAGCAGGGAAAGGGAAGAGCUUGAGCGAGAGAGGGUGGAAAGAGAGGAGAAAGAGAGAAUAGAGGGAGAACAAGCAGAAAAUGAAAGAUUGGAGAAAGAGCGUAAAGAGAUAUUGGAGAAGGAAAAAAUGGAAAGAGAAGAGAUGAAAAAACAGGAGCGAGAACGACUGAAGAAGAACAAGGAAGAGAAGGAGCGAUUAGACAGGGAAACGAAGGAAAGAGACCUGAAAGAAAAACUGGAGAGGGAGAAGAAGGAAAGAGAAAAGAGGGAAGCCAAGGAGAAAGAAAAGGAGAUUAUUAAAGAACAACAAGUGAAGGAACAAGGAGAAAAACAAACAAAGACAAUGAAAAUGAUCCAAAAACAUCCACUAGAGGUCGCAGACCAAUCACCAGGAGAACCGUCACGGUUCCACCCACAACUGAACCACAACCUGAACUUGAUAUUCUGUCCAGCCAACCAGAACCAGUCCCAGCUAGUAUAAAGGUCUCGCUCCAACUCUUCCAACUCUGUCAGCUCUGAGAGAUCCAGCAUAGGCACCCUGGGGAGCAGAGGGAGAGGGGGGAGGAAGACCACCAGCACCACAGAGCCAGCCCCUGGUCCAGACAACCCCACCCGCAACAGCACCAGGAGACGGACGUUGGUCGGGACGGUUGUGGCUCCCCCUACUGCUUUGGAGGUCACAGUGCAGGACAUUCUCUCCAGCGAACAGUUUGUUGCCAGGAGAACCCGCUCUCGCUCCAGCUCCACCAACUCCCACAGCUCCCUCAACUCAGAGGUCUCCACCUGUAUCGCGGCUAGCAUGAGCUCUCAGAGCAAAGGGAGGGGAGGAGGGAGGAGGAAGACUGGAACAGAGUCUGUCUCUCCCAGUAACAGGCAGAGUGAGCAGCCUCGAGCCCCCAAGCCCACAGCCAGAGGCAGGAGAAGCCAGAAAGUAGAGGAUUAUGGUCCACAGCCUGAGAUUAAUGAGAAGGCUGAUUCUCAGGAGGCUGGUGGUACCACUAGAGGGCAGAAGAAAACAGACAAAACCAAUGAGCCAGACCCUGUAGUAGCAGAUGAAGAAACCACUCCAGCCCAGGUAACCGAGGACUCCCCCGCUCCUAGAGGGAAUGGAAGAGGCCGGGGCCGAGGCGGACAGAAAGACAACACACCUGAAUCCACCACUACAACAGCAGGAGGGGACACUCCAAGUGAAGAGGGAGUGGAGUCUAAAACAGGUGGGAGAGGGAAAGGGAGGAAGAAGGGGCUGGAAGAGGAGGAGGAGAGCAGUGGGUUCAAGGUUCCCCGGGGUAAAGCUAAGGUUCAGAGGGGAGGGAGACGCAGGGCAGCAGAGGAAGGAGAGAAAGAGGAGAAACCUGCAUCCACUCCAGCAAAGAGGGGCAGAGCCUCCACUGCACAGGUGAAAAAGAUAGCAGAGGAGGAGAAGAGUAUGGAGGGACAGAGUGAGAAGAUGGAAGAGGCUGGUACUGUGCAGAGGAAAGUCCGAGGCAGGCAGUCAACGGUUCAGAUAAAGAAAGAAGAGGAAUCUGUUUUGGACUCUAAUUCUGUGGUGCCCCAGACCCCUACAGGUAAGAGCAGAGGUAAGCGUAGGGCCCCUGUGGAAUCAUCACCUUUUGCCAAGACCCCUUGCUCCUCCUCUGCCUCUCCCCUGUCCUCUCUCUCCUCCCCUGGGACACUGGGCCGAGCUAGGGCCUCUACGCAGUCCUACAAGGUGUUGUUUACAGGAGUGGUGGAUGAGGAGGGGGGGAAGGUGGUGUCUCGUCUGGGGGGCAGCCUGGCGAAGGGCGUGGCCGACAUGACCCACCUGGUGACUGACAGGAUCCGACGCACCGUCAAGUUCCUGUGUGCUGUGGCCCGUGGCGUGCCCGUCGUCACCACCGAUUGGCUGGAUAAGUGUGGUAAGGUGAGUAGUUUCCUACCUACUGACAGGUACCUGGUGAAGGACAGGGAGCAGGAGAACAAGUUCAGCUUCUGUCUGGAGGAAUCACUGAGGACCGCCAGCAUCCAACCUCUACUACAGGGAUAUGAGGUCCAUGUAACCAGGUCAGUGUUGCCUCAGCCAGCCCAGAUGAAGGACAUCAUCGUCUGUAGCGGAGCUCGCUUCCUCUCCAAGAUGCCCUCCACUCAGAAGGCCCAGGCCCGGACCCUAGUGAUAUCGUGUGGGGAGGACUGGUCUCUCUGUGCUCCUGCUCUCUCUGCUUCUCUCCCCGUCCUCAGUGCUGAGUUCCUGCUAACUGGUAUAUUACAGCAGAGAGUGGACCUGGUAACCCAUGUCCUCUCAGCCCCCAAACCCAGGGCCCAGCCAGGAGCCAAAGGCCAGGCCAGUGGCAGGAAGAGAACGUAACAGAAAAACAAAAUUCACCUGGGUGGUAUUCAUUAGUGCAUACUGUAGCAAAACAUUAUGCAACAGAAAACAAAAACUAGUGUUGGACAAGUGCAGGUAAUCCCUCCCUGUUUUAGUCUGUUUUCUUCCGAUAGGUGAAUAUGACCCUGUCUACAGGGCCAGGGAGAAGGCAUUAUAGUUCCAGAGGAGACCGCAGACAGACGACACCCGUGUGUGUGUGUGAUGGCAUGCAGCACCCACCUCCACCUGUAUAGAGAACAGUAGCAGGUCCAGGCCACAGAGGAGUAGUAACUACAGUACUACUACCCAGGAGGGGCUGGAGACCAUUAGACACCUGAGAGAGGGGAGAAUGAGGAUUCGGAUGUACAAGAGACAAAUGGCAGCAUCCCAAAUGGGACCUUAUUGCCUACUUUUGAAAAGAGCCCUGCACUAUAUAGGGAAUAGGGUGCUAUUUGGGACGCAGACGUAAAAGGCUGGUGAGAGGAGACAUCCACCUGUAUGACCAACUAGACUAGAUAGUUGAGAAUGUAUUCACUCAGAUAAGACAAACAAACCCAAGAUAUGGAAAUGUACUCCUAUGUUUGAGGGUAGAGAAUAUACAUGCAGAGAAAUGCUCUGAAUAGAUUUGUUUAUAAAAAAAGAUGUAAAUAUGAGGUAACAGAGAGAAAUACAUGAGAUCAUUUACUGCCUAUCCCAGUCAUAUUUAUUUUAUCUGUUUCUUCCUGUCUCUUCUCUCCUCCUGAUCCUUCAUGUACAGUUGAAGUCAGAAGUUUACAUACACCUUAGCCAAAUACAUUUAAACUCAGUUUUUCAC